AACGCCAGGGAUCGGCUCCGGAAGGGGCUCUAGGAGCGGUGUGGCUGGGGCGAAAAGUUGCCGCCUCUGCUCCAAACUCAGCRAGAGGUUCUCUGCCGGAGUUUGGGCCCCUAGAGCGAAACCUCAGAGAGGGCGGCGACGCGCCCUGAGAGGAUUCUGGCUGGCGCCCGGGGCUGAUCAGCCCUGCCCCGAGAGCCUCAGGGUGUCCCCAGCGUCCUCUCCCCCGCCGCCAACUCCUAUCGCAGGGGGCGCACAGUAGGCCGCGGAGGCGGGAUGUGCGUGCGCUCGCGCUCUGGCAAAUACGGCCGGAGGAGUCUUGUUCCUCGGGCAUUUUCCGAGGAAGUCUGGAGCAAUUAGGCUCAGUCCGGGGAGAGCUAGCGAGCGGCGCGGCCGGCGUGUCUGGGCCGCCUCGCUGGGAGGGAGGGGCGGCCGGCCGCCCGGCGGCGACCCCGGGCCCGGCCGCCACCAUGGGUUUCGAGCUAGACCGCUUCGAUGGCGACGUGGACCCGGACCUGAAGUGCGCGCUGUGUCACAAAGUCCUGGAGGACCCUCUGACCACGCCGUGCGGCCACGUCUUCUGCGCCGGCUGCGUGCUGCCCUGGGUGGUGCAGGAGGGCAGCUGUCCGGCGCACUGCCGCGGCCGCCUGUCGGCCAAGGAGCUCAACCACGUCCUGCCGCUCAAGCGCCUCAUCCUCAAGCUGGACAUUAAGUGCGCCCACGCGGCGCGCGGCUGCGGCCGAGUGGUGAAGCUACAGGCACUGCCCGAGCAUCUGGAGCGCUGCGACUUUGCGCCCGCGCGCUGUCGCCACGCGGGCUGCGGCCAGCUGCUGCUGCGGCGGGACGUGGAGGCUCAUAUGCGCGAAGCGUGCGACGCGCGGCCGGUGGGCCGCUGCCAGGAGGGCUGCGGGCUGCCCCUGACCCAUGGCGAGCAGCGCUCGGGAGGCCACUGCUGCGCCCGGGCACUGCGGGCGCACAACAGCGCGCUGCAGGCCCGUCUGGGCGCGCUGCACAAGGCGCUCAAGAAGGAGGCGCUGCGCGCAGGCAAGCGGGAGAAGUCGCUGGUGGCGCAGCUGGCCGCCGCGCAGCUCGAGCUGCAGAUGACCGCGCUGCGCUACCAGAAGAAGUUCACCGAGUAUAGCGCGCGCCUCGACUCGCUCAGCCGCUGCGUGGCCGCGCCGCCAGGCGGCAAGGGUGAAGAAACCAGAAGUCUAACUCUUGUCUUGCACCGGGACUCAGGCUCCCUGGGAUUCAAUAUCAUCGGUGGCCGGCCCUGUGUGGACAAUCAAGAUGGCUCAUCCAGCGAGGGAAUCUUUGUGUCCAGAAUAGUGGAGAGCGGGCCGGCGGCCAAGGAAGGAGGCCUGCAGAUUCACGACAGGAUUAUCGAGGUCAACGGCAAAGAUUUAUCCAGAGCAACUCAUGACCAGGCGGUGGAGGCCUUUAAGACAGCCAAAGAGCCCAUCGUGGUCCAGGUAUUGAGAAGGACGCCCCGGACCAAGAUGUUCACUCCUCCAGCGGAGGCCCAGCUGGUGGACGCUGGCACGCAGACCGACAUCACCUUCGAGCACAUCAUGGCCUUGACGAAGAUGUCCUCUCCCAGCCCACCCGUCCUGGACCCCUACCUUCUGCCAGAGGAGCACCCCUCGGCCCACGAGUACUACGAUCCCAAUGACUACAUGGGGGACAUGCACCAGGACAUGGACAGGGAGGAGCUGGAGCUGGAGGAGGUGGACCUGUACAGAAUCAACAGCCAGGACAAGCUGGGCCUCACCGUGUGCUACCGCACAGACGACGAGGACGACAUCGGCAUCUACAUAAGUGAGAUCGAUCCCAACAGCAUUGCGGCCAAAGACGGUCGCAUCCGCGAAGGGGACCGCAUCAUUCAGAUCAAUGGGAUAGAGGUACAGAACCGCGAAGAGGCUGUGGCUCUUCUGACCAGUGAAGAAAAUAAGAACUUUUCUUUGCUCAUUGCAAGACCGGAACUCCAGCUGGACGAGGGCUGGAUGGAGGACGACAGGAACGACUUCCUGGAUGACCUGCACAUGGACAUGCUGGAGGAGCAGCACCACCAGGCCAUGCAGUUCACAGCCAGUGUCCUCCAGCAGAAGAAGCACGAGGAAGACGGUGGGACCACGGACACGGCCACCAUCCUGUCCAACCAGCACGAGAAGGACAGCGGCGUGGGGCGGACAGACGAGAGCACGCGCAACGACGAGAGCUCGGAGCAGGAGAACAACGGUGACGACGCCAUGGCGUCCUCCAACCCGCUGGCGGGCCAGAGGAAGCUCACAUGCAGCCAGGACACGCUGGGCAGCGGCGACCUGCCCUUCAGCAACGAGUCCUUCGUGUCAGCCGACUGCACGGACGUGGACUACCUGGGCAUCCCGGUGGAUGAGUGCGAGCGCUUCCGCGAGCUGCUGGAGCUCAAGUGCCAGGUGCAGAGCGGCGGCCCAUACGGCCUGUGCGACGCGGCCAAGAGCGAGCCCGAGAGCGUGGACAAGGAGCUGGAGCUGCUCAACGAGGAGCUGCGCAGCAUCGAGCUCGAGUGCCUGAGCAUCGUGCGCGCGCACCGGCUGCAGCAGCUGCGGGAGCAGGCGCGGGAGCCCUGGCUGCUGGCGCCCGGCGCCUUCCGCAGCUACGCGGCCAGCGUGGACGGGCGCCGGCGUGAGCUGGCCGACAUCACCGAGCUGCCCGAGAAGUCCGACAAGGACAGCUCGAGCGCCUACAACACGGGCGAGAGCUGCCGCAGCACCCCACUUGCCCUGGAGCUGUCCCCGGACAACUCCCUGCGGAGGGCGGCCGAGGGCGGCGCCGAGGCCAACCUCCUGGCCAUCACCGAAGACCCCGAGGUCGGCGCCCCACUCUACAGCCCUUUGGCCAAAGAGCCUGAGCUGGGGCCCRCCCUGGAGGGCUCCGAGCACAGGGCCGAGGGCAGCAGGAGCCCGCCGCUGCGCGCCGCCUGCCGGUCCGCAGCCCCGCACUCGCCCUACAAGCACGCGCACAUCCCCGCGCAUGCGCAGCACUACCAGAGCUACAUGCAGCUCAUCCAACAGAAGUCGGCCGUGGAGUAUGCGCAGAGCCAGAUGAGCCUGGUGAGCAUGUGCAAGGACCUCAACUCCGCCACCUCCUCCGAGCCGCGCAUGGAGUGGAAGGUGAAGAUCCGCAGCGACGGCACGCGCUACAUCACCAAGCGGCCCGUGCGCGACCGCCUGCUGCGGGAGCGUGCGCUCAAGAUCCGCGAGGAGCGCAGUGGCAUGACCACGGACGACGACAACCUGAGCGAAAUGAAGAUGGGCCGCUACUGGAGCAAGGAGGAGCGCAAGCAGCACCUGGUGAAGGCCAAGGAGCAGCGGCGCAGGCGYGAGUUCAUGAUGCAGAGCAGGUUAGACUGUCUGAGGGAGCAGCAGGGGGCCGAGGAGAGGAAGGAGGUGAGCAUCCUGGAACUGAGCCAUAAGAAGAUGAUGAAGAAGAGGAACAAGAAGAUCUUCGACAACUGGAUGACCAUCCAGGAACUCCUGACGCACGGCACCAAGUCCCCCGAUGGCACGAGAGUGUACAAUUCCUUCCUCUCCGUGACUACUGUAUAAUGCCCACCUYGGCGCGCGGUUCAUAGGAGUGACCACCACCGGGGGGGUGGAGAUUCCUGCCUCGUUCAAUGCGGCACGUUUUUGUAUAUAAGACAGUCAUCCUGUUUAUAGUCUCAGUCUGUCACAYCUGCGACUGGGCUGUCACCGCUGUUUUCAGUGCAGGUAAAAUUACACCCUUUACCGUCUUUGAAGGCAAUACUAACAGCUUUUUUCAAAUAGCAAUUGUACUUUUUUACUUGUUACCUUUUACAUAAAGUGUUUAAAUUUCAAAAAGAUCUUUUAUUACGUAUACUUUCACAGAAUAAUUUGUUGAAACUAUAUUCAUAUUAAAAAAAAGUUAAACAUGCUUUUUUUUCCUGCCUAAAAUACAAAUACAACUGCCGGUAUGUAUUUUUAAUGGAAUCCUAUUUUAUAACCUUACUUUGCUGAAUGUGUUUCAUACGGAUGACCAUUAAUAUAUAUGUAGGUCAAGGUUUCAACUCAAAACCACCAACUUCUGUGGUUCAGGAUUUAAUAACAAUAAUCAAACCAGCACUACUUAGACUUGGAAUGAUAYGUUGACACAGUUUUCUGGUGAAGGUUCCUAAGAGAGUGUAAAGGUCWUAGCAGAAAGCAAAAUAUCCUGCAGCUUUAUGGAAGUUUAAAGCAUGUUUGCAAAUAUUGCAGCCUGUUGGAAGAUUUGCAUGUACAGGAAAGUUGUCGAUGGAGAUGGUUUGUGAAAUUUUAAGUGUUCAUUGUAGUCAGCCUUUGCUUUGUAGAUGGGAAGGUACAGACUUAUACAAGCAAGUUCAUGAAAUCACCAUUAGUUACAAACACUAAGUAAAAUGAAGUUAAAAUAAAUUAUUAUUUUCUAUUUGA